UCAGUCAACAUCAUCAUUUACUGAAGAACAGAUAGAAUAACUCUCGUUGUUGAACGGUGACAACAGAAACACAGCUGAUAUUUCUGUAUAAGACAGUGUGUGAAAACUAAACAGAUUUCACUGGAAAGGUUACUGGAUCUUUAUAAUACUGAACUCUUAAGUUCAGAUGAUUUUCUGUGUUUUCUGGAGGACAGACAAGGAUAGAGCAGAACAGAACUGACAUAAAAUCAGAGCAGCAGACGUUUCUGUUUAUCAGAUCACAAACCUGUUGAUAAGUGAAGACAUUAUUUUAUCCAGGAAGAAGAGAAGAUCUUUGAAGACGUUGAAGAAGUCAUAACAGCCGAUUGGUCAAGAGUGCUUCAUUCCUGAACUUUGUUCCUAAGUCACACAUCACGAUGGGUUUUUUCAGUGUACAAAAUCAAACUUCUGAAUCUUAUGGAAAUAGUAAAACCACUCUCGAGAAAGGGGGAAGAAACCCACCUGAUGUCACUUUAGAUGACAUAGCUAAAGAUUUGUUAUCAUUUUUUAACAGGUUUGAGUGCUUACGUAAAACAAAAAACAAUAUUGAAGAGAAAUAUGAAAUUAAAAAUGAGUAUGGUGGUUACUGGUCAGCUGAUGAUAUCAAACGAGCUUGGGGAAAAACACAAAGAAUGGAUAAAAAAUCAGAUAAAAGAAAACACUGGGCUCGUGUGAUAAUUAUGCAGAUGCUAAAAAGAUUGGUUUAUGAUGGCUGUAAAGAUGGCUGUAAACAAAAUCCAGCACAGGAGGAUCAUGAUGAUAAAACCAAUGAAACUAAGCAAUCUUGUGAAAAAACACCAAGAAUGAAAGAAAACAAGGAUACCAUAGUUAACAGUUGUGAGCAGCAGAAAAGCAUUGACAACCAUGAAAAGUUGAAUUUCACAGAUAAGCCCAACCAAAUGAAAGCUGAAAGAGAGAAUAGAGGAGGGGAAGAUGGUCUUUGGUCAGCUUGUAGAAAAGCAGAAAGCAUAAAAAGAAACUCAGAAGACAGAUCAACUCAAAGCAGUGCUGAACUGGAGACAGUGGAAGCUGCUGGAGAAGACAGGCAGAGUUCUGGAGCAAAUCACAAAUCAACCAAAAGUGGUCUCAAUCAAACUAGUAGUGCCAGUCAGGGCCGGUCUGGGGCACGACUUCCUGCUGGGAGUCAGGCCACUAGGAAUGAUCCCGGUGCUCCCGAUGACCAGUCCAGCACUGAUGACAGUGCAUCAGAAAGUAAAGAAGCAGAGAACCAUACAGUAGAUGAAUCCAUCUACAUAUGUAUCCCAGUCACAGAAAUGUUUGGCAAUGAAGAUACACCUACAGAAGAUGAUUAUGUUGAAAAUGUCGGGUCUCCAUAUAAAUUAAUAGAUGGACUUCCAUCUGCUAUGGAUAUAAGAAAAAGAAAAUCUUAUGCCAUGUCAUUCAGCAACACAACCAAUAAUGCUGAAUGGGUGUAUGAGAUACUGAACAGGGAAACUUUAGUGGACAACUGUAAAAAGCUAAAAUCAUUUGGAAAUGAUUAUCAGAAAGGUCAUCUGGCUGCAGCUGCCAAUCACAGGUGGUGUCGGGAAGCAAAUCAUGACACUAAUUUGUUCAGCAACAUUAUACCACAGCAUAAGAAAUUAAACCAGGGUAUGUGGAAGAAACUGGAGAAUCACUGUAGAAAAAUACAGAAAAAAGGGAACUGCAAUGUCCAUGUGUACACUGGACCACUUUACCUGACAGAAACAAACGAUGAGCUUAUUCGUGUGCAUAACCCAAUUAAUAUUAACCGUUUGGGAGGGAAAGUAAUCCCAACUCACCUCUUUAAGGUGAUGAUUGUGGAGAAUGAGGAUGGGACAGUAGGAGAGCCAGAAUGCUAUGUGAUACCCAAUAAGGAACCAAAAUCUAAAAACUUGGAUGACUAUAGUGGAUAUACUAUUGAAGAUAUCGAAAAGUUCUCUGGGCUGACCUUCAUACAACGCCAUCCCAAUGCGAACUUGAGAGACUGUAUAAAGAUGGUGACAUUGCAAGGAAAAGUUGAAAAUGGAGAGUCAUAUAAUGUUGAUAUUAGGCAAGUUUCCAUUACCCUUCGUACUGCGCAGGGAAUUGAAAUUGCGAAUUGAAAAUACACCUAAUAGAAACACAUCAAUUUUCGCAAAAACGCCCAUAUAUCGCAAAAAAGUUUUUACGCUCGCAUGAGGUGGUUUUUCAGACAAUGCAAAAAAGGAAUAAUACGCAAAACAGCAAUGGAACCUUUUUUUUCGCAUUUACAGGUCACAUGGCAUAUGUAAAAAGUCAUAUGAUCAUUCUUCAAUGUACUAUAACCUCCAAGAAACACUUCAUACGUGGCCGCUCUUCAGUAUGAGGGGCUUUCCCUAACAUUAAUGCUUAGACAAUUUACACUACACACAUCUGCAGUGCAGUGUGGCUCUGAUAUGGCCACUGAAGCUGAUUGUGGCCACUCUAGUCAAUGCUUGUGUUUAUUCCAGACACACAACGCACGUUUCUGAAGCGGCUCUCUGUGCUACUUCUGUAAAGAUACACGCAUACGCCUCCUUUAAAUAAAUAAAGACAAAAUUCAUCAAAAUCCCACCAAAAUCCAUUGCCAUGACUUAUCAUGAGAUAAGAUACAUUUUAGUCGCAUAAUAUAAUUAUAAAUUAUUCUUAUGCUUAACAUAUUCUUAUACAAUAUGCAUUUGUUUACAUAGCCUUUAUUUGUAUCGUAAUGUACUGUUAUAUUGCUAUAUUAACAAAUAUAAAUAUUCUUGUCAUAUCUAGUCUAGUAAUACUUUGUUUGUGCUCAAUAAUUAAAUUCAUUAAUUUAUGACAAAAAUAUAUAUUAUUACCAUUGAAAAGAUUGUGUAAUUGCAUAACGUGGUGUACUGUCAGAGAAUCAAGCAUGACAACAAUGUUUAAAUGAACAAACCUUAAAUCACUUGUAUUUCUGUUGUGUUUAAAUCAUAGUGUAGAUCAAGAAUCUGAAUGAUGUUUUAAUGUUGUUUUAAUCCACUAGAUAUAUUUUAACGAAAGUAUUCAUAUUUCAUAUAGUCAGUCAUAAUGUCUCUUUUAAAUGAAUGAAUAAGAAUGCAUGUAGAAACCUGUGAGAGAAUUUGCUGUUCAGAUAUUCAGCGUUUAUUUCCAGAGUGGAAUUAAAAUCCUAAUGUCUAAUCAAACACAUGAA